AUGCUGAACGAAACUCCCUUCCCGAACUCGCUCCUACAGGACGUUUCGAUCACUCUCUCCACGAAGGAUAUGGAUGACAUAGCAUCGGAAGUGACUGUGAAGCCAGUAUUGAAAGAUGAUGCAGAGGUAGUGAUUCCUCUGCGCAUUUCAAAGCCGAUUCAAAGUGGUAAGGCGAGCAUUACCGCGUCCGUUGUGACGAAUAAUGGAGUGAAGAAGCAGUUGUCGGCUUCGUUGGAUUUGGAUUCUACCGACUACAAUCCAAAGCGCAAUCUGAACAUCGAGGAAAUCAAGCCUUCAUACUCUCUGUUCAGAAAGAGAACCUCGCAGGGAGUGGAGUUCUUUGUGUAUGCAUCCGGUCCUGCAGGCGAACCAUAUCCCAGUCUGCCUAUGAGUGUGAAGCUGGACCACCUCUACAGCACAUCGACCUUCCAAUUCUCGCUCGAAACAGACGAGAAGGAAGAGGUUUCGCUGGGUCUUCUCCACAAUAUCACCCGAAUCGAUGUGAAUGGCACUGUGUUCCUGCUUUAUUUCGAUAUUUUCAACGUCAAAAAGAACUGGAAAGUGGCUGAGAACGAAGAGAUUCAAGCGAUGAUUCCUCUCAUCAGCGAUGAUUUGAAUCACUAUAUGUUGGUUUUGCGAGUCGAGUGA